AUGUCGUUUCGACGGCCAGUGCGCAUCAGUCUGUGGCAAGGUGCACUGGAAGCGCCGGAACUUACGACCUGGAAGCGCCAGCUUCGAAAGCGUGCGCAGGAAGCGAAGGCCAGGCAGGCCGAGAUCCUGUUGACACCAGAGCUCAUGCUACCGGGCUACGACGUCUUUGGGAAGCAGGGGUUCGACCUGGAUCCCAAAGACAUCGAAGAGGAAAUCAAGAGAUGUGCGAUGGAAGUCGGCCUCGUGCUCUGCGUCGGAUAUGCAGAAAGCAUUGAAGAAAGAGACAGGGCACCUGGCAAAACUCACUGGAACACAGCUCUGCUUGUGGAUUCGCACGGCAGCGUGGUUCUGCGGUACAGGAAGCACCAUUGCUGGGGGAAUGAAGGUAAUUUGGGACUGCAAGAGUCCUCUGACAAUAUCUGUGUUGCGAACCUAAAGCUUCCAGAUGGAGCAUGCAUACGAACCUCCAUCCUAAUUUGCUACGAUGUCGAGUACCCUGAGAUGGUAAGGAUCGUGGCCUUGCAGAAAGCAGAGCUCAUUCUCGUGCCAACGGCACUUCCGUACACAGAGCCCAAUGUUAGCACGAAGAUCAUCCCGGCGACUGCUAUGCAGAAUCGACUCUUUAUCGCUUACUGUAACCUUCCGUGCCUGCGGCGUGUAAGUGGAGAGUACUUCGCUGGCCACUCCUGCGUGGCGGGCCCUGAUGGCAACCACUGGGCCGGGCCCAUGGGAUGGAGCGACGAGGGGCUGCUGCAUUGUACUAUUGGGUGGACCGAGGAGCUUGCGUACCUCACGCGUGAGACGCCAUACCUUUGCGACCGCAGGCCUAAGUUCUACGCGAGUCAAGGAUUGUGUCAAUCUGGCGACCAGAAGCCUUCUUCCUAUGAAGAGUUCUACGGCGUCUAA